GACAAAGUCAACAGCUGCAACUUCAAACCUUCAACUCCAACUCCAACUCUGUUAAUGCUAUCUCAGGACAACCAAAAAUGUUCUUGCACGAGUAGGCCGCAUAUUGCCAUACCUGCUGUACAUGCUUCGCUGAUGAAGGUCUUCAGUAUCACCAGGGAUUCCAUUCUCCAAAUGAGUAUUGAGAGCGUCUGCAGUUCCUUGCACACCGCCAAACUCAGUUGGAUUUCUGAUGUUGGCUGUGGCGCAGUAGGACAGAUACCCUCAUCGUGUGCUGGGGGAACAGUACAAGUCGAAGUUGACAUGGAAUUAUUAUCAUGCAUAAGGGACCUAUUAUCAAUGUUAUUUGUGAUUGAGUUGAAAAUUCUUGUGGCCUGGAAGACCAGAAAAAUCCUUCGCCAAUGCCUUUUUGGAUGGUUACCAGAGUGAAUUAGGAUGGAAGGAUGAUCAUUUGUAUUGUUGUUUGACAUAUUUAUUUAUCACUAAAAGAAGAAGCAGUUAUGUUGGUGGAA